AUGCUCCCUCUCCCUCUCCCUCUCUUUCUCUCUCUCUCCCCCAUCCCCAACCAGCAGCCCCGCGUCAACUGCUUGGCUCAGAGACGGCCGUUGCUUCAAGCUCUGGACAGACAUACAGUCCUCGGCCGCUACUUUCCUCAGCAGCGUCGAGGCCUGCCUUCCACUGCCGACUUUAAAACCUCGUUUCCCAGCCCCGCCUCUACUACACCACAGCUCUACCCGGGCGCCUUUGACCAUCACCAUCACGACCACGGUUCUCGGACCCCCCGAUUCGCCGAGGAGUACUCCGUCUUCAACACCACCCCCGGAAACCUCAGGCGACCCCCGAGCCCCUCGGGCAUAUUCGAUCCCUUUAUCCGGCCCACCCAGGUUGCCGGCCAUAAACGCAUACACUCCGUCGACAGCCUCUCCGGCGACGUCACCUCUCCCUCACAUGUGGACCUCUCCUCCUCGUCCUCCGCCGAGCCCGAGUCCGACAAGCCGAGCCACUCCAGAGACCUCCCGCUGCCCCCCGUCGAUUCCUCCCUUCAGCUUCCGUCCAAGGACGGCCCCCGAAAUAAUCUCUUGAGCACCCCGAGAAGGAAAUCCCCUCGGCGCGAUCCUCUGGCGAGCCCGAAUCCUCCCCGGCAGGCUUCGGGCAAGAAGCAGCAGCAGCAGCAGCAGCAGAGCAGCUUCCAACCAGAGUCGCCCCGAGGGUUCACCCAGACGGCAACACCGCCCCCGACCGCCCGCAAGCAGAGGCACGACGAGCCGGACCAGCUCAGCAUGAAUCAUCAUGGCCACCACCAGCAGGACUUUGGUCAGCCCGACUUCACCGGCGCCUCAUCCCACCCUCAGGAUCUUACCAGCCUGAUGGCCAGCCCUGGCGACAUCUUCUCUCACCCCAUGUCGGCCUCCGCCGCUGCCCCCGAAAACUACUGGGACCCCUCGGCCAUGACGAUCCCCAUGGACAUGGACUUCGUCCCCACCGACAUGUUCCAGCAGCAGGAGAAUGUCGGCCACCACCGCCACUCGAAUUCCUUCGACUGGAACAAUGAGACCCAGCGACAGCCGAGAAAGACGAGGACCCUAGCACCGAAGCCCUCGUCAGCUGGCCGGGCAGCCGCGCCGGCCUCUCAACCGCUGCAGACCUCCAUGUCCAUGAACUCCCUGCCCAUGGACAAUUCCUUCGGUAUAGUGGGCCACGACGCCUCAGCCGUCGACCCAGGCAUCCUCUUCGGCCGGCCACAGACGGCCGUCGUGGAUUCCAGCUUCGAUACCAUCAAUGAUGACGGCUCGGCCGGGGCAGCCCUCACCGGUGCCGCCAAGGCCUCGUCCGUCAUGACCAACGGCCUCCGCCGAUCUGCCAGUGCCAGAGAUGCGCGGAACACCGGCCACGUGCCCGACCAGUCAUUCAGCAGCUCCCCGCUCAAGCCUCAGGCUGCACCUCCCCGACCGGGACUCCCGCGCAGCCAGAGCGACACGCGCGGCAAGAGGUCAUUUGCACGGGUCAGCAAUGCAGUCGAUCAGCAGCAGCAGCAGCAGACCACAUCGGUCACCAGAAACGUCCCAAGCUUAGAUCUCGGCCUCGGUCGAGGUCACGCCGUGCCGUCGUCAUCCGGUGCCGUGUCCCCUCUCAAAAGGCAGCACCGUCUAUCGAGCCUAGCGUCCAUACCGGAAUCCAUCUCGCGACCCAGCUCCCGCGCUUCCGUCAAGUUCUACAUCGGCGCCGACGGCCGUGCCCACGCCGAGGCCACGCCGCACGAGAACCCUAACCCGCAGCUCGUCCUCCCCGCCGCCAGCGCCAGCAGGAAACCCCCACCCUCCCGCUCGUCCGUCGAGGUGCAGCAGUGGGACGAAGACUACGACUCCUCGUCCACGGAUGACGAGCCCAUCGUCAUCCCCAGCCGGGCCAACUCUUUCAACUCGUCAUUCGCCCUGCCCGAUCCCCGCCGCCCCGUGGGCUCCAUCUUCCACCCAUCCGCCUCGUCGAGGAGGAGAGUCAGUGACAGGAGCAACGGCAGCGGCAGCACUGUCGGGCCCUCGGAUCUGCACCACAAUGGCGACGGUAAUGGCGGCAGCAAUGUCCUGCCCUUCCUCUACCAAGAUGAGAGCGACGACGCAGAGACUGUCAUGAACGAUGUCCAGGACGGUCCUGACGCGGUGAGCGAGCUGCUCAGGGUCAAGGAGAAUAGGCAGAUGAGCGCGUCGAUGGCAGGCGGCGGCGGCAAGUCUCUGCGAUUCUACUCAGGACGUGGCUACCAACCUGGUUCUGAAUCCUGCGAAAUGUGGCAACACGGCCAGUGUGCCAGCCAGGCCACGCAGCCAGGGGUCUACAUCUGCGCCUUCUGCGCCGACAUGCCCAAUGCCCACGGACACGGACAUGGUAGGGGUGGUUCCGGCCCUACUGGUCUCGGAUUGAUCUCUCCUCUUGCUGAGAAAUCCCGCACACUUCGGUAG